GGCAAAAACCGCGAUUGACAAAACUUAAAAGGGUUUUUCUUGAGCUACUAGUCAGCUCGAGAGCUUUUGACGCGCAAUGGCGAUGGCGAGCGGAGGAGGAGAAUGCUCUAGCACCGCUGGGAAGAUCAUCACUUGCAAAGCGGCUGUGAUGCGGAAGGCGAAGGAGCCGCUUUUGAUCGAGGAGAUUCGAGUGGAUCCACCACAUUGUGGUGAGGUUCGCGUCAAGAUCUUGUUCACGGCCUUGUGUCACUCUGAUGUUCACUACUGGGAGUUCGAGGGGAUUAGAGCAUUGUUUCCUCGCAUCCUCGGCCACGAAGCAGCCGGGAUUGUGGAGAGUGUCGGUGACAACGUUCCCGAUCUCGCUCCCGGCGAUCACGUCCUGACGUUAUUCACUGGAGAGUGUAAGAGCUGCCAAAAGUGCAAGUCGGACAAGGCAAACGUUUGCUCGGUUCUGGGGAUCAAUCCAUUCCGCGGUGGAAUGCUGGAAGAUGGGAAAACCAGAUUCUUCUCAAAGGAUGGCGAGCCGAUCUUCCACUUUAUUGGAACUUCCACUUUCAGCGAGUACACGGUACUGCAUCACGGUUGCGUUGUCAAAGUGAACCCCGCCGCUCCUCUGGACAGAAUUUGCCUUCUCAGCUGUGGUGUCACUGCAGGACUGGGAUCCGUUUGGAACGUUGCAAACGUGGAGCCCGGAUCGACUGUUGCGAUUUUUGGACUCGGCACUCUUGGAAUGGCUGUUGCCGAGGGAGCACGGAUGGCAGGAGCUUCGCGCGUCAUUGGCAUUGAUAUCAAUCGUCAGAAACUCGAGUUGGCUCGUAUGUUUGGUGUCACUGAAACCUUACAUCCUGCAGACCAUGCCAUGCCUUUGCAACAGGUCGUGCAAGGAAUGACUGGCGGUGGCACGGAUUAUAGCUUUGAAUGCGUGGGAAACGUGGACGUGAUUCGCUCCGCCAUUGAAAGCUGCCACGACGGCGGUGGUGUUUGCGUGAUCGGAGGAGUGAUCCCCGGCCCUCAGGAGAUCGCAAUCCACUCGAGAAACUUUCUCGCGGGACGCGUUCUCAAAGGCAGCAUGUUUGGAGGCUUCAAGGGAGUAACGCAGCUUCCAGCUCUCGUGGAGAGAUUCGUGACAAAGGAGGUGGAUUUCCUGGACAAGUUUAUCACUCACCGCCUCCCGCUCGCACGAAUCAACGAGGCAUUCGAGCUGAUGCUCGAGGGAAAGAGCCUGCGAUGCGUUAUUUGCGUGGAUUCCACCAAUACCAGCGCCACCGCCACCACACUCUAGUCUUCCAAGGGAAACGCACCUGGAAUCUUCCAAAGGCGAGAUUUUUAAUAUCCUCUGGCGUGAAGUUUUGCGUGUCGGAUGGAGGCUGGACACACGCACAUUAUAUGAAGUUAAUACGAUGCUCUUAUCGGGAUCGGGGAUUUGAUCCAGGCAAGCGAUUUCUUAGCACCAAAAUUUGAUCGCUUUGGUCUCUUACGACGGAUACGCGUGUUUAUUAGGAGACGACGCGAGCAAAUGUGCCUGAUUGAAAACUGGCAAUACUUUAAAUUCCACCCUAUUAUAUAUCUCAAAGCUCGUGCUUUGUAUGGA